AUGCAAGCAUAUCGGGACAACUUUAAGCAAACUCCCUGUCCAUCAGCUGUAGAACAGGUAGCACAUACCAACCCUACGUCAUCCUCACGCUUACCGUUCUCCAAGUCCGUACGUAGUCGCAGUGCAACGCAGGAUAAUUGCAUAAAUAGCAUUAACGGUGCAAACGCAACUACACCCAGAAUGUUGUCACCUGCUCCAUCUAUAGAACCAACUUCAACUUCAACUUCAGCUUUACUUAGGCAGAAUCAAGAAUUAAGACAACGUUUAGCUGAAGAAGCAUGCAGUUAUAGACGUCGCAUAGACACCUAUAAACAGGCACAACAAAAUCAGGCAACCUUAGUAAGUCGUCUUCAGUCAAAGAUACAGCAAUAUCGACAACGUUGCAGUGAUUUGGAAGAUCGUAUGCACGACACCAUUAAGCAUACUCCAAUUUCAACUUCUUGUGCCCCACCAAAAAUAACAACUGGGCCAACAUCUAGUCAAGUAUUGUGUUCAACUUCAUUGACUUUAGGUGGACAAUCAAGUCUUCCAUGUUCAUCAUCGCUAGAUUCUCCACCCACCACAUGUACGCGAGAUUAUAUUGUACAUGAUGAUAGUGGUGAUAUAUGUCGUAAACUGGAGGAUGAGCAUAAUAAAUGCGAACAGCUUUUAACACAGAACAAUGCACUCCGUCAACAAUUGGAAGAAUCAAAUCGUACAAAUGAAGCACUCACUACAGAUCUACAGAAACUGACGAAUGAUUGGUCCAAUUUAAGAGACGAAUUAGUAAUAAAAGAAGAUGAAUACAAGGAAGAAGAACAGGCUUUCAAGGACUACUACAGCAGUGAACAUAAUCGACUUCUGAAAAUGUGGCGAGAGGUUGUAACUGUUAAGCGUGCAUUUAAAGAUAUGCAAAGUGCGAUGAAAAAUGAAGUAGCCAAAAUGGGUUUAGAGGUCAAUAGCGUAUCAAAGGACAUAUCUAGUUCAUGCAGUAAUGUACAAUUUAUGGUACAACAAGCUAAAAGGACUUCGGAUGAACAGUUGAUGAGCUCUAAACGUGAAAAUGACGACCUGCAAGCCCAAAUCGCAACGCUUAAGGUACAAUACGAAAGUGCACGUCAUGAGAUAUUGGAGCGUGAUCAACGGCUGCUUGAAUUAAUGAAUCAAUUGAAAAAACUUGAAGAUCGUUGUGCUCAGGCUGAGUCACAAGCUGUACUCGCUAAUAGAUAUAAUGACGAAAUUGAACGAUUAAACACAUCGAUACGUGAAAUUGCACAAGCUGUAGUGCAAGAUGCUGAAAUUGCUGAUCGCGAAGCAGACGCCGAGGUUAAUGGUUCAAUGCAACACAUGCAUUUAACGCGUGAUUCAGCAUCAGUUGCGGGCGGUACAGCACCAACCAAAUCACCUCGUCGCAGUUCGACUCGUGCAUCACAAGCAUUUGCCGAAAGUACUAUCUCAGCAGUACAAGCUGCGUUACACAAAUACCAAUUGGCGCUACAUGACAUGCAAGUGAAGUUCCAAAACACGAACGAAAGCUUGAAAUCAACAAGAGAGCAGUUGGGUACAAGCGAAGGUACGAAAAAUUUGUUAACUACAAAAGUACAACAGCUUACUGAAAAGUUGGAUAGCAGCAAUUCGAAACUCUCUGAAUUGUUUAAGGAGCGCGACAGCUUGCAAAAAACUUUGGAUGAAAUUCGAGCUCAAAAGCAACACGCUGAGUUGGGCCGUGCUGAACUCAACAACGCUUUUGACAAUCUAAGCACUGAUUUUGAAAAGCUUCAAUUAAACUAUGGAAAACUACAAAAGAAAAUUGAUUCCCUUGAGGAAGACAAGAAAGCUGUUGAGGUGGAAAUUCAACGAAUACUGAAAGAUAAGAAUAUAACUGAAAUGAAUCUAAGAUCGGAGGAGGAUCGCAGCAGUCGUCUACGUGAAGAAACAAUAUCACUUCGAGAAGAACUUAAUCGAGUAAAUUUAAGUCGUGAUCUGUUAGAACAACAGCGCAUCGAAACAGAAAAUAUCAUAAGUUUAAUAGAAAAGCAAAAGUCGGAUUUGGAGUAUGAUCUCGAUAGGCUACUGUUGGAGAAAUGCGAUUUACAAGAACGAUAUGAAAAAAUAUCCAGUAACAAUAAUUCAACAACAGAUGAGUUAAAAACAAUUCAAAAUUGUUUGACUGAAACGCAGGAAGAACGCAAAAAACUCCGCCUCGAAGUGAGUGCACAAAGUGAUGAAAUAAACAUACUUAAGAAGGAACUUUGUGCUGUUGAGAAAACCCGCCUUGAUUUGGAAACAGAAAACCUAUCAUACAGCGAAAAAUUAAAGUGUCUACAAUUGGAGAAGGAAAAAAUAUUACAAGAUUUAGCAUGCGUAACCCGCGAUCGUGGAGAUAUACACAAUCAAUUAACUGCCAUGUGUCGCAAGAAGGAAGCAUUGAAUGAAGAGCUAAUGAGAAUACGACAACGUUUGGAACAAUCGACAGAAACCAAUAAUCGGUUGAAUCGAAAUUUAGAAGAAAUAGUUAAAGAUGUAGAAGAAAAGCAAAUCGUUAUAGAUUUGCAUGAAAAAGAAACACAUCGUCUGCAGGAAUUAUUGGCCGCGCUACGUUCUGAGAAGGAGUCUUUAGAUGCUGUACUAUUUGAUACGAAUACCACUUUGGAGGCUACCGAAGUUAAAAGAGAUCAACUAGAAAGAGAUCUGCAAGAUGCUUUGGUGCGCGAGGAAUCGCUAAAGAAUCAUAUUAGCCGUUUACAAAAAGAAUUAGAACAAUGCCAGCGAAGAGCUCUAGAAACAAAAACGCAAUUAACGAAUGCAGCUAGAGCGGCUGAAAAUGAGUAUAAGCAAAAUAUAGCAGAUAUGAAGACUGCUGCGGAGGAGACCAUCAAAAAGCAUACUGACGAGAUAAACCAAUUACGCAGUGCUUUGGAGAAACGCAUGCAACACGCUCUUCAAGCGCUGCAAACGGCUAAAGAUGACGAAAUUGAAAAAUUGCAGGAACGCUUAGAGGCCUUGCAAGCACACUUGGAGAGUGUAAUGCAACAACACGAGGAAGCAAUGAUACGUGCUGAAAAUGAGAAGCAACAGGCGCUACUAAUGGCCCAUCGUGAUAAGCAAUCUAUUGCUGAUAAGUUAGAAUCAGCUGCGAAACAAUUGAAAUCAGAACAAGAAGCGUUGGAUCGUAAUAAGCGUGAGAAUAAUGCAAGAGAUGAAAAACAACGGAGUGCGAUAGCGCAACUAAAGGAUGAGAUCGUAGGUAUACGCACAAAGGAAGAGGAAAACAAGAUCAAAUUAGAAGAAUGUAUACGUAAACAGGAAAUUCAUCUCACCACUCUUAAAGAAGAGCGAGACAAUCUGCUACGCUUAAGCGAAGAAGUCAAAACAGAAAUUCGAAUUAAAACAGAUAAAAUGGAUGGAGUCAAUAAUGAGUUACAAACUGCUUUGCGGUCAGCUAAAGAAAAUGAAGUACAUAUUGAAAGUCUACGAAAAGAACUUACGGAUUGUCGCCGACAACUUGCCGAUAGUAACAUUGAGCGCGACAAGUAUGCAAAUAGCAAUAAAGAGUUAAGAGACCAUGUGAAGCGAGUGGAAAGUGCGAAGAGAGAACAGGCUCGAGCGAUUGAAGAAAGUCUACAGAAAAUAAGCAAUUUAGAGGAAAGUAAAAACAUCCUUGAAAAUGAGCGAACGCGAUUAACAACAGUGCUAAAAGAGACCGAGAAUAAUAUGUCUAGGACUAGUCAAGAGUUGAACACAACAAAACAGACAUUGCAAAAGACAAAAAUUGAAUUUGCACAAAAGGACGAGGGCGGCAAGGAUUUGCAAAAUAAACUAUCUGCGGAAACUGAACUUAAAGAACGCGCUGAACAGGAGUUAGGUCAGAUCAAAAAACAGCUCGCAGAUCUUGAACACAAUUUAUGCGCAACUAGACAGGAAUUAGGUCGUGCACGAUGCCAAGCGAAUCAAGAAGAACACCGUUUCCAUAACCGAGAACAAGAGUUAGGUGCGCGUAUGGAAGAAGCUCGUGGUCGUGAAAAGCGUUUGGAAGAUCAAAAACACAAUUUGGAAGUAUGCUUAGCAGAUGCGACCCAACAAAUACAAGAGUUAAAAACACGUUUGGGUGGAGCUGAAGGACGUAUUCGUGCACUUGAUGAACAGCUAGCUUGUGCUGAGUUACACAAACGUGAUACUGAACAUAAGCUCAGCUCUGUGGCACACACAUUACGUCGUAUAGCCGGAAUACAAAUUGAUGGCACAGUAAAUUUGUCACAUCGUUUAGUUAGUCCCUCAAGACGUUUUAGUCCAGGUCGCAGUGUUGGCGGACCCAGUUGCCACGAUUAUGAUACGAGGAGUACAUCGCAAUAUGCUGAGGCACCAAUCGACGUAGACCCCGAUCUAGUGCGUAAGGGUGUUAGAAAUUUAAUGCAUCAAGUAGCUCAAAUUGAACGUGAGAAGGAUGAUUAUAAAAUGCAGCUAGCCAACUGUAAAAAGCAGUUACAGGAUGCAGGCGAACAACAAUUGCGAUGUGAUGCCAAAGUAUCAAAACUGCAGCAAAUAAUAAGACAUUUACAAGAGGAAAAGAGCAAUUUAGAUACUGAACGGAAUAUGAAAGUAACUUCAUUAAAUGCUUUAGAGGACAAAUAUAAACAAAAGGUGGACGAAUGCCAACAUUUACGUGAAAAAUUGAUACAAGUUGAAAUGCAAUUGACCGCUACUGCUGAGGAAAACUCACAAAACGAGGAUCGGCUUGAAAAGUGUCGUCAGCAUGCUGCAAAACUAGAAAAUGAGAAACGACACCUACAAGAAGAACUGGCAAAGGCCGAUGGACGUGCUAGCAAACUUGAUCUGCAACGCGUAGCUUUGGAAGGAGAUUUAACACGCUUGCAGAUGGCUCUUCAGGAAAAAGACAGCAAUUUGCGACAAGCACAAGAACGCCUUGAUACCCAGACUCGUGCUUUGGCACAAUUGGAGGAUCGUUGUACAUCGCUUAAAGUUACUGUAGAUCAAAUGAAAGAACGCUUACAAAAAGCCGCAGUUACUGAAACAGAAUUACGCGGAGAUAUAAAAACAUUAAACAAAGAAUUAUCGGAACAAGGACACUGCAGCCAGGCGAACGAAGACAAGCUUAAACUUUUACAAAAAACCAUACAGGCAGCUGAAAAUGAAAAACGAAUUUUAGUGGAGCGUUUAGAUAAUUCCCAAGCUUCUGUUAAUGAAUUACGCCGCAGUCAGCAAGCACAAUUGGAUAGCUCUCAACGCUUGCAGGAACAAGUGAACGACUUGGAAGUGCAAAGAUCUGCCCUAGAAUCUCAGCUUCGAAUAGCAAAAUGGAAUCAAGAAUCGAAUGAAAAAGGUGCAAAUGGAGCUGAUAAAAAUGAAGAAGAAGAACUAAGCCGUCAACUUAAGUCAUCACAACGUGAAAAAUCGGAACUCCGUAAUAAAUUACAAGCCUUGCAAGAUAAAGUAAAGUAUUUAGAAUCGGAUCGUAAAAGCAAAUUUUCCAGUGGAAACGCAUAUGACAAAUCUGAAAAAGCAGAAUCACUAUAUGACGCUGGAGACUAUGAUUCAAACCGUUUAGAAUCAUCAAAUCAAUAUAAGACAAAAUAUAGUUGCGGUUUAGAUCAUGCGACUAUUGAGCAAGAAUCGCGUGAUUUAAGACUUAAAGUGCGACGUCUUGAAACUCUACUUGCUGAAAAAGAAUCUGAACUGACACGCUGUAAGACACGUAUCCAUGAUAGUUCAAAAUGUAUCGAUACCUUAGAUUCGGAGAGAUACCGUAGCGCACACUUACAUGCAGAAAAACUGCUCGAUGCACGUGAGCAAGCACACCAACAACAAGUUUUGCGUUUAGAAAAUCAGAUAUCCAUGUUACGAGAACAAUUGGCACAAGAAGCCAAGCGUCGCCAGCAAUAUAUACUUAGAAACACUAAGGCAAAUAGAGAAAUGCAACAUUUGCGUAACACUUUGGGUGACUCUUUGAGACUAGUCUCACAGCAUCCUUUGGACCCAUGCGUAUUAGAAAAUGAAACAAGACGUUUGGACUCUGCACUUUCAAUGAGCUUACCGCCAACUUCAUGUCGCGAUUAUGAACAUGACUGAAGAUAAAACUAUAAAAAAAUUAUUAACAAUUAAAACUGCCAUUGAAAACUUUACGCAUUUUAUAUA